UUGGUCAACACGCAGACGCCAUUACAAUGUCCAGCUCUGAUUGCCUCCCGGACCACCCGCUCAGCUCAGACUUGGUGAGGAGGCUGAAGUCCGCGCUGGACGCCAGGGAUGAGGAGACGGUGCGCGCCGUGAUCUGCACCCAGGUCAGGCACGUGGACGCCGUGAUAGAACUGGCCAACGACGACUGGAUGAAAGACCCCUCGGCCCAGCUGCCCCCCGGGGUGCUCCUAGGUCUCUGGACCCUGGAGUACACGCGUGAGCUCACCACGCCCCUGUGCAUCGCCGCAGCCCGAGGCCAUGCGGCCUGCGUGAGCCACCUGCUGGGUCGCGGCGCCGACCCCAAUGCCAGCCCCGGAGGCCGUGGGCCCCUGCACGAGGCCUGCCUGGGGGGCCACACGGCCUGUGCCCAGCUGCUGCUGCAGCACCGCGCCGACCCCGACCUGCUCAGCGCCGAAGGCCUGGCUCCCCUGCACCUCUGCCGCUCGGCCGCCUCGCUGGGGUGCGCGCAGGCGCUGCUGGAGCACGGCGCCUCGGUGCAUCGCGCGGGCGGCGCCGGCCUGGACACGCCGCUGCACGUGGCGGCGCAGCGCGGCCUGGACGAGCACGCGCGCCUCUACCUGGGCCGCGGGGCGCGCGUGGACGCGAGGAACGGCCGCGGCGAGACGGCUCUGAGCGCAGCGUGCGGCGCGGCGCUGCGGCCCGAGGAGCAGGAGCGCGGCCUGCGCCUGUGCGCGCUGCUGCUGCGGCGCGGGGCGGCGGCGGACGCGCGCGACGAGGACGAGCGCAGCCCACUGCACAAGGCCUGCGGCCACGCGCGCCCCGGCCUGGCGCUCCUGCUGCUGCGGCACGGCGCCGACCCGGCCGCGCUCGACUACGGAGGCGCCUCGCCGCUGGCCCGCGUGCUGCAGGCGGCCGUCUGCACGCCCCAGGCCGCGCCCCAGCGCACGGUGCAGGCGCUGCUCAACCACGGCUCCCCCGCCCUGUGGCCCGACGCCUUCCCCAAGGUGCUGCAGACCUGCGCGCCAGCCCCGGCGGUCAUCGAGGUGCUGUUCAACGCCUACCCUCAGCUCCACGUGUCCGAGUCCUGGAGGGAGGUGAUUCCGGAGGAGGUGUUUCAGGCACACCGGCCUUUCUACCAGUCUCUCUUCGCCUUGGCCGGCAGCCCGCGCCGCCUGCUGCACCUCUGCCGCUGUGCCAUUCGCAGACGGCUUGGCAAACAGUGCUUCCGCCUCGUGCCUCUGUUACCCUUGCCGGCGACCCUGCAAAGCUACCUCCUUUUGGACCCAGAGGGUGUUUUGCACUGAAAACCAGAGCAUUUGGACUUGUUCUUGGUCUCCUCUUUGCUUCUGUGGUGGCUGGGUGGUGAUGAGAGUGCCCUGGGUGGGGACCUGCGGGCCUGGUGGGACCUCCCACUGGCCGGAGCAGACCUGCCUGAGCUUCAGGCCCCUGGGAAUGCGGUAAGAGCCCUCACUGCCUCUCAGGUUGCUUGUGAGGAUGAACAUCGUGCAUCGCAUAGGACUUGUAUCAGAAAGUGCCUAAGGUGUACCUGCUGCUGCGAGGUUUGUCUCCUGCCCGGAAGGGGUCAGCAGCAUGCACGCUGCCCCCAAGGCUUCGGACCCACUGCCUCCUGGGCAAUGCCCCCUCGUCCUGAAGCCCGGCCACCUGGAAAGACUGUCCCCAAAACAUGACAGAUGUGCAUACUGAGGGAGGACAUCGGUUCCAUGAUAAAAGCCCCUUCCCCAGAGCCCACUGGUGCUUCCCAGCGCAGGGGGCCCAGGGCUCCCCAGAAGGACGCUGGAGGGGCUGUGAGCCAGACAUGUUUACCCCAUGCGGGUCUUCUGUCUGACAUUCUCACCAAACCCAACCCAUCCAGCUCUAGGGCGUGGUCCAGGAAGCCACAGGCCGAUAGAGGUUGCGCUCAGCUCAGCCCAAGCAUCUGUAACAGGAGAGAUGUUCUGACGGUCUAGGACUGUAGUCACUUGAUUUCCUGAAUUCUGAUGCUUUGACAUCUGGGGCUCUGAUGACUCUGGAGAGACUCUGCCCUCACACCCGCCCCCGCC